AGGAUUUUUGCUUUUACAAUGGGAGCUGCAGAACCGUAGGGAAGAAGCUGAAGAAAAAAAAGGGGGCGUCUCCCCUUUAAAGACUUGCAGAGAUUGAGAAAGAGAGUCAGAGACAGAGUCGAGAGAGAGAGAGAGAGAGAGAGAGAGAGAGAGAGAGAGAGAGAGAGAGAGAGAGAGAGAGAGAGAAAGGGAGAGAGAGAGAGGUGUAAGUCUAUCUCUGGGGAGAGAGAACAUCUCUGCUUCACAGUGAUUUGCACUGGAGAAGAGGCAUCAGUUGGCUUCAGACCCAAGGGGGAGACCAGACCAGGGCACCCCAGUUAAGACUAAGUGAGCAUCGCCCCUCCCUCUCCCACCUCUCUGUACCCGGGAAUGUCUAGGCGAAAGCAGCGGAAACCCCAACAGUUAAUCUCGGACUGCGAAGGUCCCAGCGCAUCUGACAACGGUGAUGCUAGUGAGGAGGACCACCCCCAAGUCUGUGCCAAGUGCUGCGCACAAUUCACUGACCCAGCUGAAUUCCUCGCUCACCAGAAUGCAUGUUCUACCGAACCCCCUGUAAUGGUGAUAAUUGGGGGCCAGGAGAAUCCCAACAACUCGUCGACCUCUUCUGAGCCCCGGCCUGAGGGCCACAAUAGUCCCCAGGUCAUGGAGGCAGAGCACAGCAACCCUUCGGAUUCUGGGUCCUCGGUGCCCACAGAUCCCACCUGGGGAACAGAGCGGAGAGGAGAGGAGUCUGCAGGGCAUUUCCUGGUGGCUACCACAGGUACAGCAGCUGGGGGUGGUGGGGGCCUGAUCUUGGCCAGUCCCAAGCUGGGAGCAACCCCAUUACCUCCAGAAUCCACCCCUGCACCCCCGCCUCCUCCUCCUCCACCUCCGCCCCCAGGUGUAGGCAGCAGCCACUUGAACAUCCCUCUGAUCUUGGAAGAGCUCCGGGUGCUGCAGCAGCGCCAGAUCCAUCAGAUGCAGAUGACUGAGCAAAUUUGCAGGCAGGUACUACUGCUUGGCUCCUUAGGCCAAACGGUGGGCCCCCCUGCCAGUCCCUCAGAAUUACCUGGGACAGGGGGGAAUGCCUCUUCCACCAAGCCCCUGCUUCCCCUCUUCAGCCCCAUCAAGCCUGUCCAAACUGGGAAGACGUUGGCACCUUCUUCCUCAUCCACCUCAUCCUCAGCAGGGGCAGAAACACCCAAGCAAGCCUUCUUCCACCUUUAUCAUCCACUAGGGUCACAGCACCCUUUUUCUGCUGGAGGGGUUGCGAGAAGCCACAAACCCACACCUGCCCCUUCCCCAGCCCUGCCAGGCAACACAGAUCAGCUGAUUUCCUCACCUCAUCUGGCAUUCCCAGGCACCACAGGACUGCUGGCAGCACAGUGUCUUGGGGCAGCCCGAGGCCUAGAGGCCACUGCCUCCCCAGGGCUCUUAAAGCCAAAGAAUGGAAGCGGUGAACUGGGUUAUGGGGAAGUGAUGGGUCCCUUGGAGAAACCCGGUGGACGGCAUAAAUGCCGCUUUUGUGCCAAAGUAUUUGGCAGUGACAGUGCCCUACAGAUCCACCUGCGUUCACACACAGGUGAGAGGCCCUAUAAGUGUAAUGUCUGUGGCAACCGCUUUACCACCCGAGGCAACCUCAAAGUGCAUUUUCACCGGCAUCGUGAGAAGUACCCGCACGUGCAGAUGAAUCCUCACCCAGUGCCAGAGCACCUAGACUACGUCAUCACCAGCAGCGGCCUGCCCUAUGGUAUGUCCGUGCCACCAGAGAAGGCUGAGGAGGAAGCAGCCAUGCCAGGUGGGAGUGUGGAACGUAAGCCUCUGGUGGCCUCCACCACAGCACUCAGUGCCACAGAGAGCCUGACGCUGCUCUCCACUGGUGCAGGCACAGCUGCAGCUCCUGCCCUCCCUGCUUUCAAUAAGUUUGUGCUCAUGAAAGCAGUAGAGCCAAAGAGUAAAGCUGAUGAAAAUACUCCUCCAGGAACUGAGGCCUCUGCCAUCGCAGGGGUGACAGAGAGUGGCACAGCAACUCGCAUGCAGCUAAGUAAGUUGGUGACUUCACUUCCCAGCUGGGCACUGCUUACUAACCACUUUAAGUCCACAGGGAGCUUCCCCUUCCCCUGUGUGUUAGAGCCCUUGGGGGCCUCACCCUCUGAGACUUCAAAGCUGCAGCAACUAGUAGAAAAGAUUGACCGACAGGGAACUGUAGCAGUGGCCUCUACUUCCUCAGGAGUCGCCACCACCUCUGCCCCUGCAGCUUCAGCUUCAGCCUCAUCUGGACCUAACCAGUGUGUCAUCUGCCUCCGGGUACUGAGCUGUCCUCGAGCGCUGCGCCUGCAUUAUGGCCAACAUGGAGGGGAGCGGCCCUUCAAAUGCAAAGUGUGUGGCAGAGCUUUUUCCACCCGGGGCAAUCUGCGCGCACAUUUCGUGGGCCACAAGGCCAGUCCAGCUGCUCGGGCCCAGAACUCCUGCCCCAUCUGCCAGAAGAAGUUCACCAAUGCAGUUUCUCUGCAGCAACAUGUUCGGAUGCACCUGGGGGGCCAAAUCCCCAACGGCAGUACCACACUCCCUGAAGGUGGGGGAGCUGCCCAGGAGAAUGGCUCUGAGCAAUCUACAGUCUCUGCGGCAGGGAGCUUCCCCCAGCAGCCAUCCCAGCAGCCGUCCCCAGAAGAGGAGUUGUCUGAGGAGGAUGAGGAGGAUGAGGAAGAAGAGGAAGAUGUAACUGAUGAAGAUUCUCUGGCAGGGAGAGGCUCAGAAAGUGGAGGUGAGAAAGCAAUAUCAGUGCGAGGUGAUUCUGAAGAGGCAUCUGGGGCAGAAGAGGAAGUGGGGAUGGUAGUGGCAGCAGCUACAGCUGGGAAGGAGCUGGACAAUAAUGAGAAAAUGAUUCAACCUCCUUCUCUGCCACCCCCCCCACUACCACCACCACCACCACCACCACCACCACCACCAUCAUCAGGCAGCCUGGAUCAAACACAGCCAGUGGAGCAGGGAGGCAGUGAUGUUGCAGGAGGCACUGAAGAGGCGGCCAAACCAGAGAGGAGCUCGAGCCCAACAUCAGCAUUCACCCUUGAAGAAGGCAGCAGCACCACCUUGGUGGAGGAAUUGAGCAUGCAGGAAGUGAUGAGAAAGGAGCCAGGAGAGAGCAGUAGCAGAAAGGCCUGUGAUGUGUGUGGCCAGACCUUUCCCACCCAGGCAGCUCUGGAGGAGCAUCAGAAAACACACCCCAAGGAGGGGCCACUCCUCACUUGCGUUUUCUGUAGGCAGGGCUUUCUCGAGCGGGCUACCCUCAAGAAGCAUAUGCUGCUGGCUCACCACCAGGUACAGCCCUUUGCCCCUCAUGGCCCUCAGAAUAUUGCUGCUCUUUCUUUGGUCCCAGGAUGUUCACCCUCCAUCACUUCCCCAGGGCUCUCCCCUUUUCCCCGAAAAGAUGACCCUACGAUCCCAUAGGCCUGUUUUUUUUUUUUUAAUACUUGCUGCCCUUUGACGUAGGUUGCAGAAACAGAGAGCUUUGUAGAAGAACCUCCAAGAUUUAUGAGCCCUUAUUUGUCUUUGAGUUCUUAUAUGUCCCAAGUGGUUUUUCUUUAGUCCCUGAGCUUAGACAUUGUUGUGCUCAAGGGGGGAGAGGGCUUGGCCCCCUGAGGAAUUUUUCUUCUCCAUUCAUUGUUCCUGAGGAAAAUAGAUUCUCUACAGCUUUCACAUUCCCAAGGGAAACCCCCUCCAGCACCCCUGGGGUGACUUCUCCCCUCUCUUCCCUUCCUCAUCCUUUCCCUCUGGCAAGUGCAUCUGAACACCCACAUUUGGAAUUGCAGCGCAGUCCAAAGGGCCUGGCUGCUGUGCCUGGAGGGCCCAAUGCCACUCCUCUGAUGAGUUCUUGUCCCAAGACGUUCCUGCCCAGGUGGUGAGUGUGGGUGCCUCGUCAUUCUGGAACCAGUGCACGGCUUUCCUGUCAAAAUUGAACGUACGGUGCAGGGCUUUUCCCACCAAGCCUGGUAGUUCCAGCUCCACCUCCGCUACCACUUCAGGCCUGGCACGACCAGAGCUGUUUGGCCUAAGAACUGUGGCUGGGAAUGUGCCUCCAGCAAUGGAAUUCAGAGGGGCUAAGGGAAAAAGAGCCCUCUUAUUGCAGCCUCCUGCAUCCAAGGCAGUGCUUGAACAGCUUAUCAUAGAAGUAGCAAACUGUAUGUUCCUUCUCCUUCCCUCUUCUCCAGAAGGUGCUAGCAAUGAUGCUGCAGCAAUAUCUGUGUCUGUAACUCAGUCCUAGAGGGUAGGGAGAAGUGAAGGGCAGACUCUUGCCAGUAAGCUCCUUGAUAAUCACAUUAAGGUAAAGGUGGAUAUGCCAAGACAUCUCCAGCUUCCCAUAUUUCUUCAUUGCCUCUCAAAGUUAGGAAACAAGUGUAUCUUGCCGAGAGGUCUCCUAUGGAAUGUUUUGGGAAAUGUGAAGUUAGUUCAUAUCUUUAACAAACACUGUUGGUGAGGGUAGUUGAAGUAAUGAUGGACAGUUGAGUGUUGCUAAAGUGUGAGAACCUGUGUGAUUAAGAAAGGGACAUGAUAUAAGGGAGCGGACCUUGAAUUCUUGAUUGAGUGGAUCACAUAAAUGUUCUUUUGGACUAAUAGUGACUUAGUGUGCAGCACUGCACCACAGAUCAUGAGAGAUUUCCUAGCACUAGUGUGCUUUUAGUUUUAGAUAACUCCCUCCUUUAUUCCCUGGCCCCUUGUAUUUUUCUCAUCUUUCUCUCUCAAGGCCCACUUCCUCCCCAUUUUGCUUGUCCAUGGACCGGGGCUUAUGUCUUUGUUACUGUCUGGGCCUUAGAGUCCCAGACUUCAGGAGAUGAGCUCCAGGUGAUGUCCUCCCUGCCUCUCCGUCUUAUAAUGAGAUGUAGUAUUUACUCUUAACAUAGGAUCAUUUGGAACAGUUCUGAGGAGAAAGUAUUGGUUUUGCUAGUAACUGACUUGAAUGAUGGCUUCUUCUCCGAAGUGUAGGUUUCAGAGCUUCCUAACAUAGUAAAAUGUGAAGAGCAGACAAGGGAGAUGUUAGUGUCAUUUCAUUUUCAUUAAAGGUGUUUUAACCAAA